AUGCGCAAAUGUGGGUUCCCCUUGGGCAACAUCCAUAAUGACACGACCUUAGUAGCCAAGUAUGAAGUCUACAACGUUUCAGACCGUGAACCAUUGGAGUGUAUUACGGUAGAUUGGAAACGUAGCCUGGAUGACAAACAACUACAUGAUCAUGAUUCUGGUAUCACGAUUUUUAAUCCAGUUGGUAAAGAACAGGAAGGAGAAGAUGAUGAGGAUGAUGAUCUUGUUUUUGUGCCUGUGGAAUUAGCAGCGCAAGUUGAAGCGGCAACAGCCCAACAAGCGGAAGCAGUAGCAGCAGCUCCAACAACAACAACAGCAGCAUCACUUGAAGCUGCCGUUCCACAAGCGACUGAUGAGGCAGCAGCGACAGCUCUUUUAGCAGCAGCAGCAGUGGAAGCAGCGGCAGCAGCAGCUCCCAAAACAGAAAGGGAGGCUGAAUUAGCUGAAGCAUCAGCAGAGUUGGCUUCAGCAUUUGACGCUGUGCAGGAAACAACAGCAGCUACAUCAUCAUCAACAGCAGCAGCAGCUCCUCAAACGGCAGCAGCAUCAGCUUCAACAUCCGCAGCAGCAGCAGCAGUAGCAAGAGUGGCAGCUUCGCCUGCACGUAGACCGUCUCCGGUUAUUGAGAAAUUACAAUCAGCGAUGGCUAGGGCUACGCGCUCUCAAACAUCAACAGCAACAGUACCACCUGCAGCAGCAACAUCAUCGGCAACAGAAAGCAAUGACCAAACUAUUUCAGCAGGGUUGCUAACUCGUUUGAACAAAUACGACACGCCAAAUUACUUGGCAAAGUUACAAAAAAGGGCAGACGAAUUAAAUAGCUUGGCAGGAAGAGUCAAUGCAGGUGGGUAUUUUAUAAACUUGAUAGAAUCAGAGGAUGUCGCUGGUUUCACACACGAGCUAUCUGAAAUGAAUGAUAACGUCAGUAUGACAAAAAGAAACUAUACCCCGGCUGACGCUGAGGAUGAAAUGGUACAGAAAGAAACAAAUUCAACUGGUUUUUAUCGGCAGAAGGUUAGAGGUGAAAGUGUUCUUCACGUAUACGGGUUGUUAAGUAUGGCAGGCAUUCUAGCUAUAAGAGUUAUCAAUGAGGGAUGUUAUACCAUGCCUGAACCUGCGUUCCACCAAGAAUUGGCAGUUAUUAUGGCACUCUCGUAUUUGGGUACGAUUCACUUAAGAAUCAAUAAGCAAAUCGUUCAAAUAAUUAAAUUAUGA